AUGUCGCUGCUGCAGGCCUCGUUCGCUUCCGAUACGGAGUCUGAUGACGAGGAGUUUGAAGACAAUGCAGCUGCUGCUUCAGACAGCGACGAAGAAGAAGAAAGUGAAGAAGAAGCUGCUGCUGCUGCAGCAAACCGCAGCAGCAGCAACAACGAAGUGGCAGCAACAGAUGCUGCUGGUGAGGCUGCUGCUGCAGAUGCAGCAGCAGCAAAACAGGAGGCCCGCUGCGGCAGGAAGAAGUGGAAGCUCGAUAUGAAGUGA